CUGCCACCUCGCUUCUCUCCACACGGCACUUUGCUGCUUCUCCAGGAGCUUCCUUGCCUCGGGGCAGCUCCACUCCAACAAGGGGCUGUGCCAGCGCGUCCUGUUUAGCCCAGAACAACCCCCGGCCGACGGCUCUCCCAGCUGGCAGGGGACAGCGAGCCCGGCCUCGAAGCAACCAUGGCCCACACCUUCCUACCGAGAGCGCUUUCCCCCAGCCCGUCCGCAUGCAAAUUGCAGCCCCGCACCAGGAAGUAGGCUGAGAGCCUCCCAGCCAACCGCCUGAAGCGGAGCGAAGUUCCUCCGCCGGCUGCGCCCGUCUCCCGGCCGGCGGGGCAGCAGCGCCGCGCUCCGCAGCUCACGCCCGGCAGCUCCCGGGAACGGUGGAGUUUCCUCGCUGCUUCCCAACUUUCGCACUCGGGCAAGAAAUAUGGGAUGUAUAAAAUCAAAAAGAAAAGAGAAUCUGCAUGGAGAUGGGCUAGAUUUGAAGAAUCAACCAGUACGUAAAACUGAACGAACUAUUUAUGUGAGGGAUCCAACGUCCAAUAAACAGCAAAGGCCAGCAAAUACAGAUGCACACCUUCUACCAGGACAGAUAUUUGCCAAUGAAGAACCAGAAGAGCAUGGAGUCAUUGUAGUAGCUCUGUAUCCUUAUGAUGGCCUUCAUGAAGAUGACUUGUCCUUCAAAAAAGGAGAAAAAUUGAAAGUUAUUGAGGAGCUUGGAGACUGGUGGAAAGCUAAAUCUCUCACAACAAAGAAAGAAGGUUUCAUUCCCAGCAAUUACGUAGCAAAAGUAAACACCUUGGAAACAGAAGAGUGGUUUUUCAAAGACAUAACUCGAAAAGAUGCUGAAAGGCAACUGCUGGCUCCUGGAAAUGGCCCUGGAGCAUUCCUUAUCAGAGAAAGUGAAACAUUAAAAGGCAGCUAUUCUCUGUCCAUAAGAGACUAUGAUCCCCAACAUGGUGAUGUCAUUAAGCACUACAAAAUUAGGAGUCUAGACAAUGGAGGAUUUUACAUCUCUCCAAGAAUAACUUUUCCCAGCAUCAAUGAUAUGAUCAAGCAUUAUCAAAAACAAUCAGAUGGCUUAUGCAGAAAAUUGGAAAAAGCUUGUAUUAGUCCAAAGCCUCAAAAACCAUGGGAUAAAGAUGCAUGGGAAAUUCCACGAGAAUCAAUUAAAUUAGUGAAGAAGCUCGGAGCUGGUCAGUUUGGAGAAGUCUGGAUGGGUUACUAUCAUAAUAGUACAAAAGUGGCUGUGAAGACUCUGAAGCCUGGAACAAUGUCUGUGCAAGCCUUUCUGGAGGAAGCCAACCUCAUGAAGACGCUUCAGCAUGACAAGUUAGUUAGGCUUUAUGCUGUAGUGACCAAAGAAGAACCUAUUUAUAUAAUAACAGAAUUCAUGGCAAAAGGAAGCUUGCUGGAUUUUCUGAAGAGUGAUGAAGGAAGUAAAUUGAUGCUUCCAAAGCUAAUUGACUUCUCUGCUCAGAUCGCAGAAGGGAUGGCAUACAUAGAAAGAAAAAAUUACAUCCAUCGAGACUUGAGAGCAGCUAAUGUUCUGGUUUCAGACUUACUGAUGUGCAAAAUUGCUGAUUUUGGACUAGCUAGAGUCAUUGAAGACAAUGAAUAUACAGCAAGAGAAGGUGCAAAGUUCCCUAUUAAGUGGACAGCACCAGAGGCGAUUAACUAUGGAUCUUUCACUAUUAAGUCUGAUGUAUGGUCAUUUGGGAUUCUCCUGUAUGAAAUAGUUACAUAUGGAAAGAUUCCUUAUCCAGGUAUGAGCAAUUCAGAUGUGAUGGUCGCUCUCCAGCGUGGGUACCGAAUGCCACGUAUGGAAACCUGUCCGGCUGAGCUUUAUGAUAUCAUGAAAACAUGCUGGAAAGACAAAGCAGAAGAAAGGCCAACAUUUGAUUACCUACAGAGUGUACUUGAUGAUUUCUACACAGCAACAGAAGGGCAAUAUCAACAGCAGCCAUAGAAAAAAAGACCGCUUUUUUCCUGUUGUCAUGGAUCACUGGCACAGACUAUUACUUGGACAGACUGCUGUAACCAAUUACUUUGAGUUUGGACAUCUUAACCGAGUGUGGAAGCUGGAGUGCUGAAGGAAAGAGUAACUCUGCAGCAAAAUAAUCAUGCUUUUUUUGUGGUCAAAGAAGUUCUCUUUAAAUGCUUGGUGUUUUGCAGCUGCAGAAACAUCCCAAACUGAGCAGACCUUUUGGAUUGGGAAGGGAGACAGAAGGAAAGCUUAUUCACCUGUGCCACUUUUCAAAGCCGCCUUAGGCUCAAAGUCAUGGAAUUACAUUACAAGAAUCCCUUUAUAAAAGCCAUACACAAACAGCAGCUUUCAAAAGAAAAAGGAACAACCCCAUGUCUUACAUGUUUAAGUUGUUCUUCAUGACAAAGUCAUGACAAAUGCAGCAUAUUAUUAAAAUUGUUUCUGUAUCCUUGUUAUUUCACACUAGUGAAUACCAUCAUCUCUUAUCAGACUUUCUAAAUGGUGUAAUGAUUUCUUUUAAGGAAGGGCUAUGGCUGUAGUUCUUUACAUUGAAAACAGUUGUUUUACUGCUGUUCCUCAUGAAAUUUAAAAUCUUUUCAAAGCAAUGUAACACCCAUCUCGGAUGCAGAAGAGCAUCCAUGAAGGCAGACUCAGCAGCAUGCGCAGCUCUGUGUUCAACCUCCAGUUUCCCACAAGGCCCACAAGUCAUCAUCUAAAAUCAAUGGGAAAGCACAGGAUGGUGAAGGAAGUUCAUACAUUCAUUGCAGUCACUGCUACCCAUGAAAAUAUUUUAAGAUUAAUUUUUAAUCAUCUGUGAUUAUUUGAGAAUAUUUCUUAAUUUUUGCUGCUUCAAUCAACUAACCCUAAAGCUGUUUUAAAGCUAAAACUAGCUCAAGCACAGCCCAAACCAAUUUGUGGAGAGAUGCAAUGGGAUUUUAAGGUAAAUUGCAGAGACACUAUAAACUUUCCUCCUCUAUAAAUCUGUAGUUCUAAAAGGAAAUGCAGUUUGCUAUGCUUUAUAUAUCAAAUUGUUUUUAUCAAAAUGACCAAACAGAUGAGCUAGUGCAAUUACAAUGCACCUACAGUAUAGAUGUUUGUUUUCUCUUUUGGUGACACUGGCUCUCAGCACUGAAACCCAGGCCAUCUUUGCCACCUCUCACCUUACCCAGUUAUUCAGGCAAACGGUACUUUGCAGAAGCUUCAAACUCUUUUCAUUAAGCUUUGGUGUGCCUGCAGCUAAAGUUCAGCAGCAUCAGCAAUCGUUGCUUUUUCUCCAUUGGCUUCCUUCAGUCAAACUGUGCUGUUUAAGCAGACUAUCAGUUAAAUAUGUAAAUAUUGUUUCUAUUAUAUGGUGAUUUUUAAUUUUAAUAAACACUUAGUCUGAAACAAGUUGUACAGUAGUAACUUGGGACCAAAAAAAGCCUGAUAUUCUGCCUGUAGCAGUAGCUUCACGUGGAACAUCUGUUCAUUACCAUUAACAAGUUUAUUUUACAAUGGUAAAUAUUAAUGGAUGCUGCUUGCUUUAUAUCAGUUCAGCCUGAAGCCACCGAAGCAGCCAGCCAUUUCUGCAUUUCUGUGUUUCUUUUUGAAGGGGAAGAAAAGAUUUAGUCUUCAGCUGUCCUUUAAAACAGCACCUCCACAUCCUUUAAUGUAACAUCCUUUAACACUGUGGAAAAGAUUACAGAUGAAAAUUGGUAAGAACUUCACUACAGGUUUUGUUUUAAUUUAAGAAAAGGGAAAAAAAAGAGACACCACAACCUUGUUUUUCAAACCAUUUCCUAAAAUCAACAAAAGUACUCUGGGAAGUCAGAACAUACAUGGAAACAGCCCUUGCUCAGAUAAUAAAUGAUUAUUGCUAGUAUUAUGCAAGCUGCUCACAUAAAAUCUCAGAUCAGUGACAAGUGUGUCAAAGCACAGCAGGAGGUCAUUUGAAAUAUUAUAUAGCUUUAGCCUACAGUUUGACUAUUGUUGUCCUAGAGCAAUUUGUACUUAAACUUCUCAUUCAAAUGAUCAGCACUCAGCAUAUCAUACUGCAAUACCAAAAUAUUUUUCAGUAGUUGGAAUAGUUUGUGUCAGAGAAGAAUAUUUUAGAAACUCUACCCAGUAGGGAGUGUAGACUUUUAGAACUACUGUUGCAAGACAACCUAUAUUUAACAGAAACUGUUCAACACACAAUACCAGCACUGGCUCAGGUCCCACCUCUUCAGACAGACUGAAGACUCACCAGAGCAAUUGUUCAUCACUGUAUUUGAACAGCCUGCCCCAAAGAAACUGUAGGAGCAUUCACAUCAGCAAAGGGCUGUAACAGUGUCAUGCAGGAAAACUGCACCACCUAGUGACUUCUGCUUGAAGGGAAGGUUCUCACUCCAAACUGAGUUCCCUUCUAUCAUGAGAAACAGAAUAAACCGAUUAUUCCAAUUUACAUAAGAGCUCUGCUUUGUUUUAGAACAAUUCUUCAACUCCUACAGGCACAGUACCUUCCCAGCAAUUAAAAAAACUUCACUCUCACAGACUGAAA